UUCCCACAACAUCCAACAACAUGGCAGCCGCGGCACAGUGUCACGGUGCUAAGGAGGAUUUCAUGGAAAAUCAGGAGAGUUCAGCAGCGGGAAAAGACAGCGGGGCACCGGGAGCUACUGCCCGAGACAAACCCGUGUGUCUCAUCGUGCUGGGCAUGGCGGGGUCCGGGAAAACCACCUUCGUUCAGAGGCUGACUGCUCACCUUCACACUCGUAAAGCUCCUCCAUAUGUCAUUAACCUGGACCCUGCUGUCCAUGAAGUCCCCUUCCCUGCAAACAUCGACAUCAGGGACACUGUGAACUACAAGGAGGUGAUGAAGCAGUACGGCCUUGGACCAAACGGAGGCAUAGUGACAUCACUCAACCUGUUUGCUACACGCUUUGAUCAGGUGAUGCAGUUCAUAGAGAAGAAGCAACAGAAUCACCGGUACGUGUUGAUUGACACCCCGGGUCAAAUUGAAGUCUUCACCUGGUCUGCGUCUGGAACCAUCAUCACAGAGGCUCUGGCCUCGUCCUUCCCCUGUGUAGUUGUCUAUGUGAUGGACACGUCCCGCAGCGUCAACCCUGUCACAUUCAUGUCCAACAUGCUGUACGCCUGCAGCAUUCUCUACAAGACCAAGCUGCCCUUCAUUGUUGUCAUGAACAAGACUGACAUUAUUGACCACAGCUUUGCAGUGGAGUGGAUGCAGGACUUUGAGGUUUUUCAGGAUGCUCUGAACCAGGAAACCUCGUAUGUCAGCAACCUGACACGCUCCAUGAGUCUGGUGCUGGACGAGUUCUACACCAACCUGAGGGUGGUGGGCGUGUCCGCAGUGACAGGAAAUGGAUUGGAUGAGCUGUUCGUUCAGGUGGAGGAUGCUGCUGAAGAGUAUGAGAGGGAGUAUCGACCUGAAUAUGAAAGACUCCGCAAAAAGCUGGUGGAAGCUCAAAACAAGAAGCAGCAGGAGCAACUGGAGCGGCUCAGGAAGGACCUGGGAGCAGUCGACAUGACGACCACACCUUCAACAGAAGACACUGACAUAGCUGGGCCUAGUGACCUAAUUAUGACACGUGGUAACCCUGAUGAAGAGGAGGAGGAGGUGGAAAGCGACACAGAUGAUAUUGACCACAUUGGAUUUUUUUUUCAGCAACGGAGGAGAGCAAAGAGACUGAUGCCUUUGGAAACUUCCUAAAGGAGAGGAAGGAGGUGGUCCAGGUCCGAAACAGAAAGUGUGCGAUGCCUGAGGGACAGCUGACCCCUGAUCUCUGACCUCUGCAGUCUGACAUCUAACUCUGUCAGGGAAAAAAAGACAGUGACAGAAUGGAGGUGAAGGAAAUAAAAAACCUCCCAAAGGUUUGGCCCUGUGGGAUACAGACUAUCACCUGAAACAGAUACUGUGGAACCACAGUAUGCUUUUCCUCAGCUUUUCAGAAAUGAGAGGAAACUAUAUCUGAACUCUUUGAGCAAGACUCUCUGUCUGAUCAGGUGACCUCGCUCAUUUAGUGAAGCUGAUUGGCUGCUUCUCAGUGUCGCUCAUUCCCUAAAAAUUUCUAUUUUUAUAUCGGAAAAGACUCUUCUAUUCUGUAUUUCUUGUGUUUUUCAUUACUAUUGUUGUUUGUUUAUGAAAGCACUGAAAGGAUUUAUGGUCUACAAAAUUAAAGUGAGCUUUUAGUUCAAAUGGGGUUUGAAUUUACAGUAUUUGUGACAUUUUCCAUCACUUUAAUUGUUCUAUGAUGAGACUCCAGGAGAUGGCUGCUGCAGCUUUCAGUACGUUAUUAAAUUCAAACUCAA